AUGCUCUGGCUGCGUUGCUGGAGGUUCUCGGAGGCGAACGAAACUCGUGAGGUUUCGGAAAAGCAGUUGCGUCGAGAACUGUACGUGAACACGGGAACGCGGCUGCUUUCAGAAUGGUCUGACGACGAAAGCGUUGAGCAGCUGGAUGUUCUGCAAUCGCGCAAGUGCUUGAAGAUGAACGCGGAAGCUACGGGCAGCACGUCGUCGCUGACCGACAAGGAGCGUUACGCGAGCCGGUCGAGGUCAGGUUUCGCUGAAGCGACUUGUGCUGGUUGGCUAUGGGUGUGCCUCCUGUUGUCUGUGCUUUAUUUUGCGUUCUUCGAAGUGGACUUGCAUGGCAUUCGUUCAAGAGCCUGCUGA